AUGGAAUGCGGCAAGGAGGCACCCACGCAAGGGACGGACGCCGGCGGCGGCAGCGGCUCCGAAAGUGGCGCCAGUCCGGGAGGCUCGUCGCGCUGUUCGUCGGAGUCGCGUGGGGUAGGUGAUCGGCGGGGCGACGUGCACUUGUCCGUGGAGCUGGUCCCGGACAAAACCAUGAAGCUCCUGUUCAGGGUGGUGUACUGCGCCAUCGAGGUGGGCUUCGCGGCCCUGGUCGCCAUCCUGGCGGUGAAGUUCACGCACCGGCUGGGGGGCGUCCGGUCCGGCAGGCCCCUGCUCUACGUGAACGCCGUGAUGGCGGGCCUGGGCACAAUCGCGGUGUGGAGCGCAUUGGUAGUUUUCAUAGCGAGGCUGGUGGCUGUCAACCGAAUGGGGCUCAGGUGGUCGAUGAGGAGGCGGCGCCAAGUGGAGGCAGUCCUGCUCGAGACGGCCCUCAUGGCGGCCAUUGAUAUUUUUUACCUUGCUCCGAAUCUGUACGCCCUUAGCCGGGAGUGCGGGUACUUCGACAGGGUGCCCGUCUGGGCCGCCUACUUCAAGUCGGUGUGCUGGGGCACGCUGCUGUCGAUGUACGUCGUGCGGGCCAAGUGGUCCAACCUUUGGGAGGACAGUAGGGGCAGGUCCUUGGGGCCACGGGAGGACGCCACGCUGCUGGACGCCCCGCUGUGGGUGCACUGGCCGGUCGCGAUGUGCUGGGGGCUGUACCAGGUGCUCAUCGCGGCGGGACACGUCUCCUUGCUGCACGGCGCCGACGAGCGCGAGUUCCCAUCCCUGUGCGAGGAGAACAGGACGCAGUGCUCCGGUCAGAUGUGGGACAGGAGCAUCGCCAUCGCCGUGGUUUGGGUCCUGUGGGGACUCUUCGCCCUGUAUGUAUACUACGUGAGGCGUGGCUUCACGCGGCUCCACAGGAAGAGCUACGAUCAGUACCGGUGGACCUUCCUGGGCCUGCGGUAUGACCUGACAACGGGGGGAGUGGCCUUUUUCUUCGGCCUCGCCAGCCAUUGCCUCCUCUUCGUCGUCAACCGGUCCAGCUGCUACAGCCUGAUGGCCACCGUCUUUGGCUACAUACCCCCCGAGCUGGUGUUCAACGCCCUCACGGUCGUGAACAGCUGCUGGUACAUGCCCAGGGCGCCCCGCGCGGAGGAUGGGCGGUUUGCUACGGUCGGCAGCAGGCUGGACUGGACGGAGACAAGGCAGUCCACGAGACGGCUCUCGUGCGGACACACUGACGUGGCCGCCCUGGAAGAUGGGCUGCCGAGUGCCGCACAGCAGUCGUUCUGCUUCGAAACGGCCGUGAAGGCUUACUAUUGGUGUGAGGUGGUGUACGAGCAAGGCCUGAAGACUGGCAAAGGGGGAGCCUGCUUCUCUCUGGACGUGGCGAUGGGACUGUAUGACCUGCAGCACUGCGAGUUUGUCAGAGAGAAACUGGACACCAAUGCGUUCGUUGCCUGGAAUCAGAGGACCAUCGUGGUGUCCUUUCGAGGCACGCACAGCGCGACGAACCUGCUGACUGACCUGCAGCUUUGGCGGGUCCCUCACCUGGAUCCAAGGGGCCUCCUCUGCCUGAUGACGAUGCCGCUCGUGCACAAAGGCUUCUACCAGAGCUGGAAGACGUUGAGCAAAAGCAUAGUGCCCAUGGUCCUCAAGAUUUCUGGCUCACCUGAUUUUGACAGGCACCAUAUGAAGAUGCUGCUGACGGGCCAUUCGCUGGGUGGGGCGAUCGCUCAGCUGGCUGCUUACGACAUUCGAAAACUCCUGGGUUUGAGGGAAGAUCAGAUCUCUGUGUACACCCUGGGCUGCCCGCGCGUUGGGAACCAUGCCUUUGCCCAGGACUACUCAAAUUAUGUGCCUGACACAUGGCACGUGGUGAACAACAUAGACGCAAUAUCCAGAUCUCCCAAGUUGUGGUUCCUUUACAAGCACACUGGACACAAGGCGGUAAUCAACAGCCUGGGGCACCUGAUCGUGAGCCCGACCUUCCUGGAGAUGAAGUUGACGAGCGCCAUAUUCAAAAACAGCAUGGCGGACCACCUGCUGGCGAGCUACAGGAGGAGCUUGUCUGCUGUUGUCCAGGCACAGUUCAUCAAGGACAAGGGCCUGCCUGGGGGAAAGAACGCACUGGCUGAGCUAAUGCAGAAGGGCUUGAUGACAAAGGUGCUCGGGAUGGAGGGGAGGACUGUUGCCAGGCUGGAGUCCUUGGGCAGCAGGGUGUGGCAGAAGCAGCCAGAGUGUAGGGUUGAAGUUCUGCUGAUGAAAGUCCGGAGGGUCAGCGAGUGGCUAUGCCUGCCCAUCGACACUUAUCUGCAGUGGUUGUGUGCUACAGGAAAAGAUAUCAGUGUUGACAGCACAGGACUGGAAUCUAUGGAUGCUCCAGCAGCUGAGUCCUUGCCCGAUGCCAGAGGGUGUGAUAUUGAGGCCUGUGCUCUGGAAUGUGAACAUUGGGGAUGUGGCUAA